ACGAGGUUCCGUCAUUGUUAGCGAGCUGUUAGCUGUUAGCUUUUCAAGUUCUCAAACUUGGUUACAUAUUAAAUGUGAUGUCAAAAAUAAGCUCAGACACGCUGUGGGAGCAAGCGGCGGCGGAGGUCCACAGCCGAGAGGCUGCAGGUGGGGAAGAGGACCGAGGAGAGGCGGUCAGCGAGAGGACCGUGUUUCUAAUGGGGAGCAAGGCCGGGGGUAAAACGGCCAUUCUCCACAGAUGCCUCGACAGGGAUGAACCAUCCAAGCCAACUCUGGCGCUGGAGUACACCUUUGGCAGACGGGCCCGAGGACACAGCACACCCAAAGACAUAGCCCACCUAUGGGAACUGGGAGGAGGGACCUCUUUGUCAGACCUGGUCCAGAUCCCCAUCAGUGCCGUCAGCAUCAGCUCUCUCUCUGUCAUCCUCAUUCUGGACCUGUCUAAACCCAACGCCCUGUGGGGAACCAUGGAAAAGCUGCUGCAGGCAGCACAAAAUCAGUUUGAGAAAGUCUCUUCACAGGCCCAACAAGCACAGAAAGCCAAGCACCAGACGCCUGUUCAGCCAGCAGCCCGCGUGUUCCCUAAAGACUAUCCUGUAAGACCUCAGCUCUUUACACUCGCUAUCAUAUCAGAUCAUCUUUUCUUCAGUCCAGGACAACACAAAGUAGCAUAUUUUAACUUCCUACAAAAUGCACAAUCUUUAGACUGUCAGGAUAUAUAUGCCUCAUUUAAAUGUAAAAAGACAACAUUGCUAACAAACAUUGUAAAAACCAGCUAUCAUCAAAUGAAUGUUCAUCAACAGGACAGAGAGCUGAUCAGUCCCUUUCCUGUUCCUCUGCUGAUUAUUGGCAGUAAAUAUGAUAUCUUUCAGGAAUUUGACUCUGACAAGAGGAAAGUUGUUUGUAAAACACUGCGUUUUAUUGCCCACUACUACGCGGCUUCUCUUAUCUUCACAAACAUCAAGUCGGAGAGCUUAAUGUCAAAAACCAAGAGCUUCUUCUCCCACCUGGCUUUCGGUAUGGAAAGAGGGAAAACUGUGUCCUGUGACUCCACAAAGCCACUCGUCAUUCCAGCAGGCUCUGACUCCUUCAGCCAAAUAGGUUCCCCUCAUACUACUGAUGUGGACAUUACAUCUCUGCAUGCCAAAAACCCAAAGGACCUCUGGAAGAAAGUCUACGAACGUGUCUUCCCCCCAGAGAAUACCAGUGAGCAGAGGGAAUUAAGGGAUCCAGCCAAAGACCCACAGUACAGUGAGCUUCAGAUUGAUGCCAUGAGAGCCCAGAAAGACCAGGAGUUGGAGCAGUAUAAGAGGAAUGCUUCUCAGUCAUGGAAAGGACUGGAGCUGACCUAAGAGCCAACCAGCUUUAUGGUCACACACACACACACAACAUAUUAUAUCAAUGUAAAUACAGUGUACACUUUGCUUUAUUUAUUUCCUCUUGUAGCAUUGUGUCUAUUUUAAACAAAACAAAACCACUUGUAUACUGAUGAUAAAAUGUUCUCUGAAAAAAAUAAACAAUUUUACAAUAAGCA